AUGCCUCUCAGUGUCACCAACACAUUGCGUCGAGAGUCUCCUUUUGCUUCGAGGUCAUUCACCUCCUAUUUCAAAUACUAUCAUCUCGUGUCCGUGGUGGUAGUAGUAGUGGUGAACAUGUUUUCUUCUGUGGUGAUUCACGCAAGUUUUCCUGCAAGUAAUGUCAUGAUCACAGGUGGAGGUUCUUCAUUAUCGGAGGAAGUACACAAAGCACUUGGUCAACAAUUUUCCAUCUCUCAUUUCCAAAACAACAUUGAACUCAUCUAUCAACCUGUAGGAAGUACUUUGGGAUUGUCAAAUCUUCUCUCCAUUUCAACGACCACUCCCUAUGAUUAUGCAGCAAGUGAAUCCAUUCCUUCCAAUGAACAAUUCUCACAAAAUCCAGGAACUCAAGUAUUGCCUUUUGUAGGCACCAACAUUUUAGUGAUUUAUAAUUUACCAGAGUUGAGUUCGAAUGAUCCACAGUUGAUUUUGGAUCGAACACUAUUGGUCAAUAUAUUUGCUGGGAAAAUUACUAAUUGGAAUGAUCCUUCCAUUGCUGCUCUGAAUCCAUCCAUUGCUAGUCGAUUACCCAAUACACCCAUUCAACGUGUGGUGAGAAGUGACAGCUCAGGAACGACACACAUUUUCACAAGUGCUCUGACAGCCUUUGCAGCAGAUUCUAAAGGUGAAACAACAUGGUAUUUGGGAGAUACAAGUCUUCCCUCUGAAUGGCCUAAUGAAUCCCCUUCAAGCAUUUCAAAACAAAAAGGUUCAGUGGGAGUCUCCAAUUAUGUGAUAUUGACACCCUAUACCAUUGCGUAUCAAACACCAGACACUUUAUACGAACACACCUAUGCCAAGAUCAUCAAUGCAGCAGGAAAUGCAGUUUCGCCCACCACUAAAUCUUGUCAAAAUGCCAUGGACGAUUUCAAAGAUGCAUUCGAUAGCAAAUUUACAGCAAAUAUUGUCAAUGCCAAAGGAGCAGAGAGUUAUCCAAUUUCUGGUUAUUCUUACAUUGUGUAUAAAAGCUCCUCCAUGCCAGAUUGCAAUGUUGGAAAAGUAUUGUAUCGAUACUUUGUGUAUUUGUAUUCAUCAGCUUCUGAGGAGACCAUUACAGAAGCCAAGUUCGUACCCCUUUCGUCCAGCAUUAGAAAUCGCAUAGUGAAUGAUUACUUGUCCAAGUGGGUGUGUGCCUCAACGGAAAGUGUGGUGACCAUAGAUUUUGACCUAAGUGCUCCCAUUGCUCUGGCUGUGGUGGGUGGAAUCGUCGCCUUGACAUGUCUUGGCAUUGUUCUUGGAGUUUCCAUUUAUGCUCGCAUCAGAAAGAGAGCAAUGAUUGGAGACCUUUUGGUCGAUGAAGAAGAAGAACCUAAAGGAAAUGUAGCAAACAAAAAUUAG